AUGAGCUUUUUCACUCGAGACCAAGAUGUCCAGUCAAUUGCCAAAGCCGGAUGGCAAUGGAAAGUUCAACGGUUACUUGAGAGUGACUGCAAAGCUGUCAUCAGCAUCUAUCCAUGGGUGGAUGACUUGAUCACCGAGUCCAAAGACAAGGCCGAUAUUGCCCUUGCGAUAGUUGAGGUCGAGAAUGUAAGGUGGCGACAGCAUCUACCGCACGCAUCUUAUGAACCAUACGCUUGGCGGAAGGCCCCAGAGGACAAAGACAUCGACGACAAGCCUGACCAUACAGGAGAAGAAUGCGCUCAUAACAUCGCGAAGACAGUGGGCCAACACGCUGCCGUCUCAACGCCGAAACUGGCCCGGCCACAGACCCAGCCGUCGGUGGUUACUGAUAAGGUCGCAACCUGGGAGGAAAUCGUCUUCAAGAAUUGUGGGAUCGGAGGUGUCCUGCAUCCCAGUCUGACCAAAGAUAGCCUAGAGCCUACGCUCAUGUCAUCCAACGGUGGUAUUGUACACAUCUUGUAUACGACCGACAAACAGGAUGCGAUAGAAAUCCGGAGAGAGUAUAUGAGAAACAACAGUCUCUCUGGUGCUAUGGGGCUCUUCGAAAGUAUGAUGCCUACCGCCUUCGUCGGCAAAUUGACCCAAAGGUGGGAUUCCUGGCAAUGCUUACCGCUGAGGAUUUGGAUCGCAACACGACAGUUCUUGGUGCGAUGGCUCCGCGGUCGUCCUGAAGACAUCGUGCGUGCCGGCCUGAGCAAGACUAGAUCGCCUGUCCGUUCAGUAAUCGGAAAUCACCGUGCAACACAUCAGGCAGCGAAUGCAAAGAUCUGGGAUCAUGAUAUCUUGAAAGAGUGCAUCAGAGCUCUCAAGUCAGUUCUGCUUGCGAUGAAAGAAUUGAACAGGACUGGAGGAUGCUGCGAUACAUUCUCGAUCUUCGUACGAUCGUCUGGUCGUCGAAGACUAUCCGCAAUUGACAUUCGCUUCGAGGACAUUUCUGAGCUGGUUGCAAUACUCAAACAACCACUCGUAUCCGCAACUUUCUCCGAAGGGACUGAGGACAUAUCAUGGAGGUCUCGAAUAUGCACUCGAUUAUUCGAUUUGUGUGAAACAAUUUUCGGGUCUCGGAGUGACGCUCUGGACUUUUUCGUCAUGUGUACGACCGAAGAUGAUAUAAUGACAUUUGUGCUACAUCUGGCAGCGUUGUACGCACAACUGUUCUCCGUUGGAUUGGCCACAUUUUGUGGAGGGCAUUGCUCGAGCUUCUACACGAGUCACAUCUCACGUCAUAUCGAGAAGAUCAACCUCGUGGGAGUUACAUGUAGCGGUCCACGGAUCUCCGCGCAGAGGAUUCAGCUCUCAUGCCUUGGAGAAAUGCUUGAAAGACCAGUUUGGGCUUUCCAACUGGUAGGGCCAGAAUUGGCACGAUGGCACUUUGAUGUCGACACCGUUGUUCGUGCAAAACACGAUGUUGAAGCUAGGGUUUCGCAGCUUCUCGACAUCUGGCAUACGACACUCCUCACUGACCAUGCAUCAGUACCGAACCUUGUUACAGUGGCAAUGGGUAACGGUUUUCUCUAUCGAGUAAAGCCUACGUGGUGGCCAUUUUCUCUCAUACCGACCGAGACAAUGUAUCAUUGGGGCCCUCAAGAAGAUGGCACAGGCUUGACUACCGCCGAGCUCGAAACCGACAUCAAACUAGUGGUUGGGGCAGUUACGGAGAACCAGAAUUGUCCACUCACUGCCGAUGCAUGCCAAAGUCAGUUAGAUGCUAGGCUAAUCAACCUGCGCGUUCGAAAAGGUCACUGGAAAGUAAAAAGCAGAUCCUUCAACGUUAACGCCGGUCUUGGUGGUGGACCCAUGGCACCUGGAAAUGUCGGAGUCGCUGGAGGUGUGGUACAAGAAUGGUAUGCCGAGACUAACCUGAAAGGAGAACGUGUACAGUCGCUGGCAACUUCAAGCCGGAUCUUGGGAAACCUCAACGAGCCAUGGGGUCUCGAAUUCAGUCUGUGCACAGGUGUUGCCAGGAGAGUACCACUUCGCGCACUCUUAGACACAACGGUCAUUGAAUACCUCCAGGCUAGCCUCCAUGCAGAGAAUCUUACACAGACUCUUGAUACGGAUCUCUUCAAGCGCAUUCGCAAUGCUUCAUCAGAUGACAAAGCAUCAGCAAUUUUCGAGGAGCUCAAACGCAAGGAUCUAGAACAGUACAAAGCCUUGCAACAAGUUGUGGUGCUUCUCAUGGAAGCUUUACAAUGGAGCCGACUCGACAAAGCAAAGAAAAGUUUACUUCUCUGGUGGCCCGAGCCUACGCGGGCAGCAAUUCGUGGUCUGGCUUUGGAUAAGACCUGGUACGCUGAUGAGCCUUGGAUACCGAUCCUCGAGGAUACCCUAAAUGGCGCUCUCUUUGGGCUCGCCACAGCGCGGUGCUUGGAAGACAGUCGCACCGGAAAACUAUGCCAGAAUGCGGGCGGGGCAAACAAAACCAGACGCCUGUGCAAAAGUACAGAUUUCGUUCUUCACACCGGCAUUGGGCCGUACCAAAAGCGACUGGCUAUACCUCCACAAGGGUACUUGGCAUUCAGUAGCAGGGAGGACAGAAACCAUGUCUUCAAAGUCAGACAGGUGGCGACGUUCGAGGAAGAUGCAUAUGUGCUUGAGUACCGUGGGGUCUGGCCAAAGCCCGCAAUGUGGCUCAUGGGAGUCGAGAUGGUAAUGAAGGUGGAGAACGCUGACAUGAUUGCCUCUGAUGAUGGAAAAGAAGUAAUCAUCUGCCAGAAGGGCUAUGGUCAGCCGGCUCCGUCCAACGAAUCUCGCUCUUGA